CAGUAGAAGCAACGCCACAAGGCACAAGCGAUGGACGCCAAGAAGCCCUACGUCAUCGCCAUCGCCAUACAGGUGAUCUUCACCGGCAUGUUCGUCAUCUCCAAGGCGGCCUUCGACCAUGGCAUGAACACCUUCGUCUUCGUCUUCUACCGCCAGGCAGCUGCCUCUGCCCUGCUGCUCCCUCUCGCCAUCGUCCUCGAACGGAGAAACGCGCCACCGAUGUCGCUCCGGCUCUUCGCCAAGCUUUUCCUGUAUGCUCUGCUCGGGAGCACAAUAAGCUAUAACAUGUACAACUUGGGAUUCAAGUACACCUCCACGGCGGUGGCAUCGGCGAUAACCAGCUUGAACCCCGUCGCGACCUUCUUAUUCGCAGUCCUAUUCAGGCUGGAAGUAAUUCGGCUGAGGAGCUUGUCGGGCAUGGCGAAGGUGGCCGGAGUGGGGCUGUGCCUGGGCGGCGUGCUGGUGAUAGUGUUGUACGCCGGGCCGGCGAUAGGCCCCCUGAACCACCAUCACGCGUUCGGCGGCGGCGGUGGCGCCGCCGGGCCGGCGAGUGGGAGCAGUGGCGCGGGGACGAGGACGCGGUGGGUGAAGGGGACGCUCCUGAUGCUGCUGUCCAGCGCGACGUGGUCGCUCUGGGUCGUGCUGAUGGCGCCGCUGCUCAACGAGUACCCGAACAAGCUGCUCGCCACGUCGCUGCAGUGCGUGCUCAGCGCGGCGCAGUCGCUCGCGCUGGCGGCCGCGGUGGAGCGGGACCCGGCCGCGUGGAGGCUGCGGCCCGACGCCGGCCUCGUCGCCGUCGCCUACUCCGGCUUCGUCGUCACGGGAGUCUCCUACUACCUGCAGGCUUGGUGCAUCGAGAAGAAGGGCCCCGUGUUCCUGGCCAUGACCAACCCGCUCACCAUCGUCUUCACCAUCUUCUGCUCGUCGUUCUUCCUCGGCGAGAUCGUCCACCUCGGCAGCAUCGUCGGCGGGGUCCUGAUGGUGGCUGGCCUCUACAGCGUGCUCUGGGCCAAGAGCAAGGAGCACGAUACCCUCACCACUGCCACUACCAUGGACACGGUCGCCGGCGCAACACAGCAGGAAGCCGCCGAUGCAGAUAGCAACAAUGACAACAAACUCGAGCAGGGGAGAUUGGCGUCGCCAGAGCGGCGAGUAUAAGUAGCAAAAAGAAUCACUCCCUCAUAACACAUUAUAAAAUGUUUAAGAUUCUAAGUCAAUUCUUUUCAAAAUUAACUAAAUAUAUAGGAAAAAUAUAAAACAUUUGCAACAUCAAUUAGUUUAAUUAAAUUUAUCAGUAUAAUGAUUUUUGGUCAACCGUAAAAUCGGAUAUCUCAAUAUGUCAUCUUUAUCAACUAUUGGAACUAGCUCAUUUUGCCUCCCCUAAUGGAUGGACAAUGGUUUUAUCCUACAUGCCCUGAUGAAAUAAUACUUA